AUGGCCAUUACUGAGGUGUGGGAUGGUGUGGCCGAGGUACAUAUGGCGCUGAACAACCAGGCCACGGGGCUCCAGAACCUCAAGAAGGAUAUCCGGGGCGUGCUAGACCAGAUGGAAGACAUUCAGCUGGAGAUUCUGGGGGAUCGUGCCCAGUGCCGCACCCAAGCAAGGAAGGACCUGUGCAUAGCAGUAAGCCCCCUACCCCUCUCCCAAGCGAAGCCGCAGCUGGGAUGUUCCAAGGGCCUCAAAGGCCAGCUCUGGCUGCUGGCCCUGAGGCUGCUGCUGGGCGCCCUGCUGGCCUGCACUGCCGCCUACGUGUACGUGGUGGACCCCACACCCUUCGAGGGGCUGGUGCCGCCCCUGCUGAGCCGCGCCGCAGUCUGGAAGCUCCGGGCCCUGCUGAGCCCAUUCCUGCGCCUCGAGGUGGACGACUUCCUGCCCUUCUAG